GGGCGCUGAAGGAUGGAGCGGAUCCCUGUGGCGACCUGCCUCACUGUGUUGCUUUCCUUGCUGGUCUCCGGACCGGGGCUGCUGCGGAGGGGCGAAGAAGUGGCGCCCGAAGACUCUGCCCUCUCCCUGCGGCCUGAGGCCUUGUGGGAGUGGCAAGUUCAUAGGCUGGUGACAUACAUCUUUGUAUAUGAGGAUGUGAUCUCCUUGGUGUGUGGUGUUGUCAUCAUUUGGUACUUUGCCAGUGGCUUUGAGAAGAACAUGGGUACUGUGAAACACUGCUUCUGCACUGUGGCCUUUGCCAUUUCCUCAGCCCUGUUGUACAUAUUGCUCCGGGCCAUUGUAUCUAGAUUCCUGGAAACAGAAGAUGCCAAAGGAUUCAUGCCUGUGGCUUUUGCUAUGCUUGGUGUCUCCAUCACCCGCUCCCGAAUGAAAAGGACAAUGCUCUUUGGAUUCUACUUCUCUAUGUUGCUUAUACCAUGGCUCCUGCUUUGUGUGUCGUGCCUUAUUCCACACUCCUCUCCCCUGGGGAAUAUCUCUGGCCUCGUAAUUGGGGAAAUCUAUGGCUACGGCUACUGUUUUGGCUUGGAUCUGCCUGAAUCAGCGGUCUCUCGGCUGGACCAGAAGUUCCCUUUCCGACUACUGAAGAGAAUAAAAGGACUGAAGUAUGUUCCAGGGUCUCUGGCUGAAAGAAGAGCUUCUCAGAGUAGAAAGCUGAAUCCAGUGCCAGGGUCAUAUCCCACUCAGAGCUAUCACAGUUCUCCUCCUUCCGCCGUGCCCAUCAUUCAAAUGCACCCUAACGCUCAUGCCUUGGGAUCACGGCCACAGUACCCACUGGGUCACCCAAAUGCACCUGUGCCGAACCCAGCCACUGGAGCCUUCGGAGAGUUGUACAUCCAGCACCACUUUCACACUCCUGCAGGGUCCUCCUUUUCCUCCCCCUUUUCUCAGCAUCUGGGAGUGCCAGAAGUGCCUAAGAUGACAGAUCAUACAGUAUCCGGAAUCCACCAAACGGCAACAUUUCCAACAACAGGAGCAGUUUCAGGAACUGCAGACUUUUGUCGGGUUCACGUUGGUUGACUGCAGCAGGCAGCUGGAAUUUUUUUUUUUUUUUACUGCUUCAUGUGAGGGUCAGCACAAAGUGCCUUGCUGAAUUAGGCACCUCCUCCCGAGGAAGAAGGGGUUUUGAAUGUCCAGAUAGGGUCCAGAAGAGCAGAGACGACCUCUCCUUGCAUCAAGUGGUGAUAUUCUCUUGACUCUUCCAUCAGUGCACUGUAAAUGUUCCUGAUGCAGUUCUCUGUGGCUGCCCCACAAGGAUUGCACUUAAACUUCUUUUGGAGUAUUGCUGAGAGUUUAUAGAGAGUCAUCUUUAGAAGGAUCUGGAUGGGGUGGGAUAUUGUUAAUCUUUUUACUAAGUGUCUGCUUCUCUUCAGUUGGAAUCUGUCCUGAAUCUUUGAAAUGAGGUGGGAUAAAGGGGUAACAGUCAUGAUGUGGAGUGUUAUCUGGCAGGCCCUGGUGAAGAUUACCCUUCCCUCAGUUAGGUUACUCCUGUCCAACAUGGUUCAGUGAGCCUUUUGUCAUAAUGCUGUGACUUAAGCCCAUGAAGCUGCCUUAUACUGAAUCAGACCCUUGGUCUGUCAAGGUCAGUAUUGCCCGCUUGGGCUGGUAGCAGUUCUCCAGUUGAGAUCUUUCACAUCACCUGUUUCCUGGUCCUUUUAAGAGAGGAUUGAACCUGGGACCUUCUGUAUGCAAAGCAGAUGUUCUGCUGCUGGGCCCCAAUGGUACUGCUGGUUAAUUUCCUACUGGUGAGUUCUUGAGGUGACUUGCAACAACUUGUAACUGAGCCCAACUCUGAUUUUAUCAAAGACCAGUACAGGUUGUAUAAAAAAGGCAGACUGCAUGCUGCUUAAAUUAAUGCUCUGAGCUAAGCAAUUCCUCAUACCAGAUGUGCUUGGAACCUCUUCCACCACUCUGGUUUCUCCUGUAAACAAGAGCAGACCUGGGAAAAAUCUUUACUACGUUAAUUGAGUAAACGUGUUCCAGACGACUCACCGAUUAUCCCAGAGCAGAGGCAUGAUAGUGCGCCCCUAGUGAGGAUAAGCAGAGAGUCGUUCCUGUCUGCAGCCACCGGAUCCAGACCCAAAGGGGCCAGAACGGGCCACUGCCCACGCACGAGACUGCCAGGGCGCCUGCAUCCUCUCUUCCCUGUGCUCCUGGCCUUUCCACCUGCCAGAUGGGUGCAGGAGCGCCCUGGGCAGCUGCCUCCUCCUCCCCACCCAGCCAUUCCACCCACCCGAUGGCGCAGGAGUGCUCCGGGCAGCUGCCUCCUCUUCUCUCCUGCCUUUCCACCUGCCCAAUGGAUGUAGGAGCGCCCCGGGCAGCUGCUGCCUCCCCCCACUCCCUUUUCCACCUCUCAAGAGCCCCGGGUGCCUGCCUCCUCCUUCCCCCUCCUGGCCUUUCCCAUUCCCUCAGAGACCAGGUCUACUUUCCCUUUCCUUGGCUGGGCUGGUAGGCCUGGCUUCUGGACUUGCCAGGUAGACCUGGCCUCUUUAUAGGGCUAGACCCAGAGAUGCCAGGUCUCUUGCCCCCCUCCCCAGCACUCCUUGCCUCUGUAGGUACCCAAUUUGGCAUCGAUUGGGGUUGAAUCGGGCAUCUGUGGGGCACAGGAGCAUGCCGUGGGGCUUGUCGCCCCCUGCCCCCACGUUCCUUGCUCUGCAGCCAGCUGUGGGACACAGAGCAUGCCAGGGCCCUUGCUGCUCCCCCCCACCCCAGCAGUGCUCCUCACCUCUGCAGUCAGCUGCAGGGACGAAUUGGGCGGCUGUCGGUCACAGGAGUGCUCCAGGGCCCAUGCUGCCCUCAGCAGCGCUUCCACUCUCUGGAGCUGCCCAAUGCGGCCAUGGAAGCGGCAGAGAGGCCCUGCAUGGCAGCACCGCUCUCCCAAGGCCCCGCAGCAGGGGCCCUGCAAAAUCAGUUUUCUAGAGCCCGUUGUAUUUUUUCUCACAACAGGCUCUAUUGCUAGUCUAGAAAUAAGAGGAUUUAGAGGUGGAGGCAAAUUACCCAUAUUUAACCUCAAACUACUUUAUACCUCAUUGGGAGCAUUGGCCUGCUAGCCUGCAGCACCAGCUAGUGGGCAGAUGUUCCCCGAAAGCUGUGAAAGCAGCUCAAGGGCUGUGUGCCAUUGAGAGCCUCCAGGUGGGCCCCUUCUAGGUCUCUGCCCACUUCCAAGGGCUCCAAGGGUGAUACUGCUUCUUCCCUUUCCCAGAGCCAAUCAGCCGGUUCCUAGUGCCCCAAAUUAUCACAGAGUUAGAGUGCUUUCCUUAGUGCAGUAAAUUAGGAUGGAGGAAAUCCGCCCCUCCCCUGUAACCCAUUAAUUGAAUGCCACAAGAUGUGCCACUGGCUACAGGCUACAUGACCAUGUAUAGAUGAACAGCUCUUACUAUCGGAGUGCCCAAUGGGCAGGCUUUCUCUUACACAGUGGAUGGUUAUUGACUUCCAGCUGCUCAAGGCAAAUUCAGUGCUCACAUGCAGCGCUAUCUGAAAGAGAUGUCUUAACAGAAACAACAUUUAGGCUAUGCUCUACUGUAGCAGUCCCUCCGUCCCCCUCCCUGCUUCAGAUUACAUGUGAUGAUUUAUCAGGGGUAAUUCACUGGAUCUAUGCACUAAAAGACUUUUAACAACUUAACAAGCUCCCAGCCUAGACAUUCACACCGAAGCCAUAAACCUGUUCUUAGGUGAUAUAAGUAAUCACUAUAAAUGCUUUGAAAGUACACUGCCUGUUUGCACUCCAGCUUCGACUGUAUGCAAGAGCAGGCCUUCAAAGCAUGUCAUGCAUCGUUCCCUCAACCUACUCAUGUCUGAAGGAGGGCCACCGGUUCUCAAAUAGAUCAAGAUCUCAAAUAGAUCAAGCCGCGUUAGUCUUGUGUUUGUAGCAGUAGAAAAGAGCAAGAGUCCAGUAGCGUCUGUAAGACUUAAUAAAAUUUGUGGCAGG